GGUCCCUUUAUCAGCACUGGCUCAGGACAGUCGUGGGGGGUCCGAAGUGGCUCAAUUUUGUAUUUUGUUUUUUUUGGGGGGGAGUAAAGGCGGGAGGCUGCGCUGUGCCCGCUGCUGACAGUCGGGCGUGUUACCUCAGGAACAUGGUGUAGGGAAGCUGGAAGCAGGAUAACGUGGAACUCAAACCCAAAGAACUGCAGCCUGAAGACCAUGGUCUCGAAGCUGAGCCAUCUUCAAGUGGAGCUGCUGGGAGCGCUGCUGGAGUCGGGGCUAACCAAGGAGACCCUGAUCAAGGCACUGAGCGAAGUGGAACCCUACAUGCUCCAGAGUGAAAGUCAGCAUGCUAUCAAUGCCCUGCAGACAGAGAAAGGGGAGUCCUGCCCCGAAAUCCCCAAUCUCCCCAAUGGAAUGGGGGAAACCAGGUUGUCGGAAGAUGAAACCUCUGAUGACGGGGAGGAAUUUACCCCUCCGAUAAUGAAGGAGCUGGAAAACUUGAGCCCUGAGGAGGCUGCUCACCAGAAGGCUGUGGUGGAAAGACUAUUACAAGAGGAUCCCUGGCGGGUAGCAAAGAUGGUGAAAUCCUACCUCCAACAGCACAACAUCCCUCAGCGCGAGGUGGUGGACACAACUGGUCUGAACCAAUCCCACCUCUCACAACACCUCAACAAGGGCACUCCCAUGAAGACCCAAAAAAGGGCAGCCCUCUACACCUGGUACGUCCGCAAGCAGCGAGAGGUGGCCCAGCAAUUCACACAUGCUGGUCAGGGGAUCUUGACAGAGGAGCCCAUGGGAGAUGAUCUGCCCACCAAGAAGGGACGAAGAAAUCGCUUUAAAUGGGGUCCUGCCUCACAACAGAUUCUGUUCCAAGCCUACGAGAGACAGAAGAACCCCAGCAAAGAAGAGAGAGAGGCACUGGUGGAAGAGUGCAACAGAGCAGAAUGUAUUCAGAGAGGCGUUUCCCCAUCUCAGGCCCAGGGUCUGGGCUCAAACCUGGUGACCGAGGUGCGAGUUUACAACUGGUUUGCCAACCGCAGGAAGGAGGAGGCCUUCCGGCACAAGCUGGCCAUGGACAACUUCAGCGGGCCGCAGCCCACCUCUGCUCCCCCUCUCACUCCUCACAACUCCUCCUCCCUUCAGCCACCUCCUGCUCUCUCACCCACCAAAGUUCACGGAGUGAGGUACAACCAGCAGCCAGCCAGCGAGGCAGAGUCCUCCAGCAGCAAUCACCACGGGAACAGCUCCAUGGUGACCACCCAAACCAUCCUGCAUCAGGUUUCUCCCCCUGGGCUGGAGCCCAGCCAGAACCUGCUGAGCACAGACACCAAGCUGAUCUCAGCUCCCGGAGGAACUCUGCCCCCCGUCAGCACCCUGACUGCCCUGCACAGCCUAGAGCAAAACCCCCAUGCGCUGGGCCAGCAAACUCAGAACCUCAUCAUGGCCUCACUGCCCGGCGUGAUGGCAAUCGGAGCCGGUGAGACCUCAUCCCUGGCGCCUGCAUUCACCAACACCGGCGGCUCCACCCUGGUAAUAGGCCUGACUUCAACCCAGCCCCAGAGUGUACCUGUGAUAAACAGCAUGGGGAGCAGCCUCACCACCCUGCAGCCAGUCCAGUUCUCCCAGCAGCUGCACCCGUCCUACCAGCAGCCCCUCAUGCAGCAGGUCCAGAGCCACAUCAACCAGAGCCCCUUCAUGGCUACCAUGGCCCAGAUACAGAACCCCCAUGCUCUCUACGGCCCCAAGUCUGAAGUGGCCCAGUACACACAUACAGGCCUCCUCCCACAAACCAUGGUGAUAACAGACACAGCCAAUCUCAGCGCGCUGACUAACCUGACACCAACUAAACAGGCAUUCACACCUGACUCAGAAACCCACACAGACUCUGGGAUCCAUACACCAGUAUCGCAGGCACCAGCGAUACACCUACAGAACCAAGACACAACCAUCCAGCACCUUCAGUCUGGUCCUCGCCUCACCUCAAGCCCUGCUGUGUCCUCCAGCAGCCUGGUGCUGUACCAGAGCUCUGACUCCACCAACAGCCACAGUCAGCUGCUGCCAUCCACCCAUAACGUCAUUGAGACCUUCAUCUCCACGCAGAUGGCAUCCUCCACUCAGUAACACCAAGACAACCACCCAAAGGGAGCUGCCAGGACAAGGCAUAAGGCGCAACUCCAACUGUGUUUGUUGUCACUGUCACCACUGCCUUCCACUGGAAGGAAUGGUUGCUGCAGUCAGCCAACCUCCAGCCCCUACUGCCUCAUAAAUCCCUCAUCCAGCUGCCUCCAGAAGAGAUGGCUCAGGCUCAGAGCAGGAGCUAUGGAACAGUGGUGCCGGCACUGAUAGGAUCUACAGACCCCCAAAACCAAACCCAACCCCACAAGCCAGCCUAGAAUGACCAGACAUCCUUGUGGAUGCUGAAGGAGUGCUAUAAAGUCAGAGAUCUGACUGGAAUACAGCAAAAAAAUGCCAAGAUGUAUGUGGAACUUUGGUUCUGCUCACCUUCACUAGGUUGGACCUGUACAAACCUGCCUACACCAAAGUAAGCCAUGCAGAAAAGAGAAAAAUUGAGCUGUCAAAAAAGGGACACCAUCUUUAAAGCACUCUCCUCCUCCUUUGAUGUAAGGAAACCUGAAUUGGAAUUAUGAGAGAUAAUAUCAACUUGGAGGCAAGAGUGAGAACCUGGCUUCUGACUUUGCAAUGAAAGUCACCAAGAAACUGAAUCAGGAAUGGCUCAGCAAAAACCUGUCAGUACAAGAUCAUGGACUACAAGUCGUAAACCCCUUAAUUAACUACAAAAUCCCAAACAUUCUCAGUUCAAAAUGACCUACUCUAAAAUCAUGCUAUCCUAGUGGAAA